AUGGGAGGCGAAUACUUUGACGUGCUGAAGAGCAUGCGAGCACGCAUGGCCUGCAUGCCAGGGCCAACACGGCCAAGUGCAGAGGCUGACGAGCAGCAUGGAGCAGUGGAAGUGCCUGUGCAUUCGGCACCAGAACCGUUCCUCGAUACAGCCGCAGCAGAAGCAUUGCCCCAGCCUGUCCCACCCGCGCACAGCACACAGCCAGCAGCAGGCACAAUAAAGAGUGGAGAGCUCCGCCACAGGGAUGGAAGUCAGCUUGCAGAACAUGCUGCCAGCCCCUCUGGUGCUUCAGAGAUGAGUUCCCUGUCCAGUCUGCAAGAGCCCCUCCCAGGCCGGGUUGAUGACUUUGAUGCCACCUUGGAGCUCAGCAGGAGACCCAUCCCCGCCCACUCUCCCAAGGAGGCACCCCAGAAAGCCACCAGCAAGCCGGAACAGUCUCAUGCUGUGGCUGAUGCUCCUGCGGCUGAUGCUCCACCUGCGUCUGCGGCUGAUGCUGCACCUGCAGCUGCAUCUAAGGCCGUGUCGCAGCCAGCACAGGCCGGAGCCAUACACGGACUGGGAUGGUCGCUUAAGGCCCCGCUGGGAUCGGCAGCAGCAAAGCCGAGCUUGUCAUCCAAGCAGUGGCACCACGUCAGGAUGUGGUCCUUUGGAGACGGCAAGAUCAGCGCACGGCGGACUGCCCCAAAACCCAGCGCAUCAGCAGCCAAGAAGGCCAGAGUGCCGGCGGUACCAGAUGGAGCCACAAAGUCGGCGAACGGGCAAGCUGCAGCAGGGCCACACAAGCUGCCCAGACAGCCCCAGCAACAUGGCUUUGUGCCGAGGCCUCAGCAGCCGCCAAACAACGCACAGCACCCGGCGCCUCCCAUGCAGCAGCAGCAGCUGCCACCACCAGCAUCAGCACCAGGUAUGCCUUUGAGCCAGGCUGCGCAGCUGCGCCUGCCCCUGCUCAAGAUCCCGCCGCGCUCACAGGCCGCCACCAGCACGGCCAUGCGCGUCAAGGUGCCGGCUAGGCCUGGCGCACCAAGACAGGGCCCGAGUUCGGUGGCAGCACCGGCACCCAAGGCAGGCAGCUUAAAGGCACUCGCUGCACACGUGCAGCCGCAGCCAUCGGCAAUCCAGCAGCAGCAAGAUACGAGCGCGGACGAGCCAGGGUUGAUGCACCCGAGCUGGAUGGAUGAGGGCUUGGAAGCUGCAGAGCGCCUGCAGCUGCUGGCCUGCGACGAAGUGCUGCCGGAGACGGAUCUGCCGCUGCGGCCGCAGCCGCGCGUCAACCUGGCGCGCAACCUGGGGCUGCUGCGGCCGCCCUCGCUGCUGACGGCCCCAUCCGUGACCCAGAAGUUCCAGGAGCGCCUGACCGCAGCCAUGUCCAGCCCGGACAGGCACGCCACGGCCUUCCCUCUCGGCACGCCGGGCGCCGGCGGGUCCGCCUUUGCCGACGCGCGGCAUGCGGCAAACAAUGGAGCACCCUCCGGCAGCAGCUCUGCCUUUGCCAGCGUGUCGCAGCCGCGGCGCAAGUCGGCGUGGGAGGCCGCUCUGGAGGCAGUGAUCGAGGAGGAGGGCUUACUCGACUGGCACCCGGACAGUGCCGGUCACCACGCACCGCGCGGCACCAGGGCCGGCAGUCAUGAGCAGGAAAGCAAUGAACACGGCGGGGCGGCCGCCACCAGGCGCGGUGGUGGGCGGCCAAGGAGGGCGGUGCGUGCGCCAGUGGGAUUCUUCGAGGAGCCCGACUUCUCCACCGGCGGCGACACAGAGACGGACUCAGAGGCGCGGCGGCCGCCAAUGCGCAGGGCGGCGAAGAGCCGGCGCGUCGGCCGGCCCAGCAAGGCGCCCGCGCAGCCCAGCCUGCCAUGCUCACGCGUGGCCACGUUCCAGGAUGUGCAGCGCUGGAAACGGGGCCUGCCAAAAGAGCGCAAGCCCGCGCCUGCAAGCAGAGCUGCGCCGUGCCAGCGGAAGACAGUGAAGAAGCAGCAGUCCGGGCUGGUGAUCAUUGGCAGGCGGUCGCUCAACGCGCAUGCGGCCGUGAUCGCAGCCAAGAAGAAGAUGGGCCGCUUCAACAUCCGCCGCUCUGACAUCAGCGGCCUCGGCGUAUUCACCCUGGAGUUCUGUGAGGCGGGCGAGCUGCUGAUGGAGUGUGUAGGCGAGGUGCUGCGGCGGCCGGUGGCGAGCAUGCGCGAGGCUGCAGCUAUUGAGCGGGGCAUCAACGACGUGGCCUGCUACGUGUUUGCCCUGGAUGCAGACCACGUUGUGGACACCACAAGUUCCGGCAACAUCGCUCGCUUUGUCAACCACUCCUGCAGCCCGAACUGCGUGGCGACGGCAAUUGAUGUGAAGGGAGCGCGCCACAUCUUUCUCAUUGCAGCCAGGCAGCUGGCCCCUGGAGAGGAGCUUACGUGA